AUGGACCGCGCUAUGCCGACGGCUGAGGUGCCAAGCCCUCCCGCACCCAUGCCUAACGAUGGCGACCUCAUCGAAGUUAUGCCGGACCAAUUGGGUUCCACAACUGAUAGCAGCGAGACCGAAUCACCCGACCCAACGGAUGCGCCAAUUCCAACUACCGGCGAGGAGUUCGAUUUUGAAGUCGAACCCGGCACGGCUCAGUGA